UUGCCCCCCACCCCACCUCUCCAUUCCAAAGACCAGACACAGACAGAGGACAACGCCCCACGCACAACACAGCCUGCUCCUCGAACCACGCGCCCACUCCAGCACUAACUGCUGCCGCUCCCCGGGAGUUCGGUGAGACGAUCGAGAGUUAAGCCAUGGGAGAGGAGAAGAAGGAGAAGGCCGGCGGCGGCAAGGCUGACGGCGGCGACAAGAAGAAGGACGCGGUGGCGCAGGACAUCGUGCUCAAGGUCGACUUGCAUUGCUCCGGCUGCGCCAGCAAGGUCCGGCGGGCCAUCAAGAACGCCCCUGGGGUUGAGAAGGUGAAGACGGACACCGCGGCCAACAAGGUGGUGGUGACCGGCGCCGCCGACGCGACGGACCUCAAGGAGCGCAUCGAGGCGAGGGCCAAGAAGCCCGUGCAGAUCGUCUCCGCAGGCUCCGGCCCGCCGCCCAAGAAGGAGAAGGAAAAGGACAAGGAAAAGAAGGCGGAAGGCGGCGAGAAGAAGCCGGAGAAAGAGAAGGGCAAGGCCGACAAGGAGAAGGGCGGCGGCGGCGGCGGUGAGAAGAACGUUGACAAGCCUAAGGAGGAGAAGAAGCCCAAGGAACCCAAAGAGGAGACGGUGACGCUCAAGAUCCGGCUGCACUGCGACGGCUGCAUCGACCGCAUCAAGCGCCGCGUCUACAAGAUCAAAGGAGUGAAGGAUGUGGCCGUAGACGCCGCCAAGGAUCUGGUGAAGGUGACCGGCACCAUGGACGCCGCUGCCCUGCCGGGCUACCUCCGGGACAAGCUCAGUCGGCCGGUGGAGGUCGUCGCGCCCGGCAAGAAAGACGGUGACAAGAAGGAAGGCGCCGACGGGGACAAGAAGAAGGACAAGGGCGCUGGGGACGGCGAGAAGAAGAAGGAUGGCGGCGAGGACAAGAAGGACAAGUCCGCGGCCGCCUCCGCGUCGCUGGCGCCGAUGCCCAUGGGCGACGCGAGCAUGUACCAGAUGCCCCCGCAGUUCGGCUACAUGCCGUAUCAGCACCCCGGCGGCGGCUACUACGGCGCCGCCCCGCCGCCGCCCAACCCCGCCUUCUUCCCCAACGCCGGCGCCCAUUACCCGCCGCCCUACCCGGCGUACCCUGCCCACGCGCCCCAGAUGUUCAGCGACGAGAACCCCAACGCCUGCUCUGUCAUGUGAGAUGAGCCGUUCCUGCACCCGGUGUGCCAGAACAUGGCGGAUCCUAGUUCACCAUUAGCUAGCUAGCUACUAGUUAAGUACUGUAGCUUGAGAUUUUAGCAGAGAUGUAAAUGACGAUAGUGAGAACGUACGGUUCCAUCCAUGUAAUGCUCGUCCGUCCACCCGAUAAAUUUUUGUCCUGCUCUUGUUAAUUAAGUACUGUACUACCAUCAUCGUUAAAUUAUGCUA